AUCAUUCUAUAUUGGAUCAGCUACAGCUAAAGUUGGGUGAUGGGAUUGUAGCAGGUUGUUAAAACCCGGCCCCAACUUCCAUUUCUUUUCAUACUUCACAAUCCCCAGGGAGAAAAUGAGCACAGCGAGAUUUAUCAAGUGCGUCACAGUGGGGGAUGGAGCCGUGGGAAAGACUUGCAUGCUUAUUUCCUAUACUAGCAAUACUUUUCCAACGGAUUAUGUUCCAACAGUAUUUGACAACUUCAGCGCCAGUGUGGUGGUGGAUGGCAGCACAGUGAACCUUGGCCUAUGGGACACUGCCGGACAGGAAGAUUACAACAGGCUAAGACCUUUGAGUUAUAGAGGAGCUGACGUGUUUUUGCUGGCCUUUUCUCUGAUUAGCAAGGCCAGUUAUGAAAAUAUCUACAAAAAGUGGAUCUCCGAGCUAAGACAUCAUGCUCCAAACGUGCCAAUUGUGCUUGUUGGAACGAAACGAGAUUUGCGAGAUGACGAGCAGUUCUUGAGCGAUCACCCCGGAGCAACAGUAAUCACAACUUCUCAGGGAGAGGAACUCAAGAAAAUGAUAGGAGCUGUUACUUACAUCGAAUGCAGUUCCAAAACCCAACAGAAUGUGAAGGCUGUUUUUGAUGCUGCAAUAAAGGUAGCUUUGAGGCCACCAAAACCAAAGAGAAAGCCUCGCAAGCGAAGAUCAUGUGCUUUCCUUUGAAUUUCAAUCAACAUUAGGGUCAAUUACUUGUCAAAAAAUGUCUGCAGAUAAACACUAUCGGCUAUACACUUUAUUAUUAUUAUUAUUUACAUAAAUUUCAUAUGAUUACAAGGGGAGAUUACAAGUCUCUCAGAUGAUCGAUUACUGAAGGAGUUCGAAUUUUGCUGUACAAGUUCAUUUUAUCCUCUUUGUCGUGGCUAGCUUUGCAAAUGCCAAAGCCUCUUCACAAUUUUGUUUGUUAUAGCUUCGAUUGCAAUUCAAUAGAAGAACAUUUGCUU